AACCCUAGGAACGACCAUCAUCUUCCCUGUUUUCUUCCCCGUUCUCCGUUUCCAUUGUAGUCGCAUUUCUCCGGCGACUGAAAUUCUGUUUUUUGGAUCUUUCAAUCAAAGAAACAAACAAUGGAGACUCCUGCAUCAACGAGAAGAAUCACAAGAUCACAGGUCUUGGCUGCGGUGAACAACAAUAUCCCUACCUCAAGGAAAGGUGAAGAAUCUGAAAAGAAGGUGCUUUCGAGACAAAGAAAUUUGAAAAACGAUAGGUUGGCGCUUAUCGACAUUACCAACGAUUCCCCCAUUGUUGGGCUUGCUGGGGGAAGCUUAUUGAAGUCACCUUCAUCCUUUAGCAAGAAACAGGGACGUCCCAAGAAGACUCCUGGAUCUGGGGAAGCAUUGCUUCGUGGUCAGGUCAAGACCCUCUUGCAGAAGGUUGAAGAAGAGGCUGAGCUCUCCAAACUCUCUUUGGAGCAUCGCCCAUUCAUCCAUCUCCCUUGCGUCGCCGGUUCUCCAUCCGGGCUUCUCGCCCCAGUUCUCGCCAACACACCCCAGGGGGGAAUGAUGGACAUUGAAAAAACGAAGCAAGAUGCUCAAGAAUCUGAGAAGAGCGCGAUGAUUCGUUCUUUACUGUUGGAUUUCUCUGAGAAGUCAGAAAUCUCUGAUUCGUCUGAGGAUUGCACGUCGGUGGUGACUUACCAAGAAGAGAUCAAUGAGAGUCCAGAGAAAGCAGUGGAGGAAGAAGACGCUUCGAUUUGGUCCAUUCAAGUCAAUGCUAGUAGUAAAGAUGAAGAUGAAGAAGAAGAAAUCGAGGAAGCAGAAGGGGACUACUACUACUAUUACGAAGAAGAAAAUGAAGAAGAAGUAGGAGGUGGUGAACUGGUUGAUGAACUGUGCGAAGGACUGAGCAAGAUAACCUUUCAGGAGAAAAGAAUCCCCGAGUUCAAGGGUAAGCACACUCGAUUCGUGUACAACAGCAACGAAGAGAUUGAAGGAGAAGAGGAGGUCUCUUCUAUUUCACCUAAUGUCUUGCGUUUGAAGGGUUUGCCCACUCCGGAAGGCAAGCACCUCCGCUUUCCCCGGGAAGAAGAAGAGGAUUGAUGAUGAAAAAAGAGCCAAACGGUGUUCUUCUCUCCGUGUCUUUCUUGACACAAUUUUGAUUUGAUGUUUCUAAUCAAACCUCUAUUGUGUUACGCUCUCUCUGGUUUGGUCACUGAGAGCUUAUUUACAUUUCAGAUUUCAGAUUAAUUUAAUAGUAAGGAACAUUCUAAUGAUAAUUUGAUUUUGUUGA